AUGGCAAGCGAUCGACUUGGUAUGAGGAGGGAACUUGACCAUCAAUGUCAUGAAUUAUGCCAUAAUACUACGUUCAAAGGAGAAUUCUCCACAUCUGUUGUUAUCAUUCAUCACAACGAAGCUUUGUCGGUGCUUCUGCGAAUGCUCACAGGGAUUUUCGAACGAACGCCUGCUCAUCUACUACAUGAGGUUAUUCUUUACGAGGAUGCCAGUGAAGAAGAUCACAAACUCUCCGAUCACCUCAAAGAGUUCGCCCUCCAAGGUGGUUGGAAAGAUAAAAUCAGAGUAGAAAGAAGCGAAGAGCGGCAAGGUCUUAUUAGAGCUAAGGCUCUUGCAUCUCGUUUUGCCACAGGUGAAGUGCUCAUCUUUUUGGAUAGCCAUUGUGAAGUAACAGAGCGUUGGUUGGAACCGUUGUUAGCUCCUAUAGCGGAAAACCCAAAAAGCGUAGUGUUGCCUAUCGUUGACCUCAUUCAUCCGGUGACAUUCGAGUACUCAAAAGCGAUGAUCUCCAAAAGUGGUUUCGAUUGGUCACUAACCUUCAAGUGGGUUUACAUGCCGUGGGAGUAUUUCGACGUCGAAGAGAACAACGUGAAACCGAUUGAAUCGCCAUCAAUGUCUGGAGGACUCCUAGCUAUUCGUCGCGAAUUUUUCCGUUGGUUGGGAGAAUAUGACAUGGGAAUGGAAGUAUGGGGCGGUGAGAAUGUCGAUCUCGCUUUGAGGACAUGGAUGUGCGGUGGCCGAGUGGUAGUCGCACCAUGCAGCCAUAUAGGACAUGUUUUCCGAAUGAUGCGCCCCUACAAAGGCAAAGACAACAAAGAUACGAACCUCUACAACUCCCUUCGCGUUGCGAAGACAUGGUUGGGAAGAUAUGAGAAAUACUUCAUGCGUGCUCUUCCGUCGGCAGCAAAAAUGGAUUAUGGAGACAUAAGUCCUGGUCUGGAGCUGAAGAAACGACUAAACUGUAAAGACAUGGAUUGGUAUUUGGACAAUGUGUAUCCAGAAUUGCGGCCUCCAGAGGAACGGAAGGAACGAGAAGAUUUAUAG